CGGGGGACCAAACUGUACUUCUCCAAGACGUCGGAGGUGGGAGCCCAACACCGGGCGGCGAAAACAUAGCUAAUGUUAUGUAGAGCCCGGUCACUUGGAGAAGUUAGAAAUCGACACAACACAAACGUAGUAAAACGAAGAAGCCUAGACGAAAUUCUCAAAAUAAUUGUGACCAAACCAUCAUAUCGGAAUCCUUCUAUUCUACGCGAGGAAAAGGAGAAGACAGCAGCUGUGACUUUGGAUGGCAAUAAUGACAGACCGUUGUUUAACCCCUCGUUGUUGGAUGGUGACCGAUUCACAAGUUAUACAUCUUGGUUGUGUGGAAUAGCUGGGAGCUGAAAACUGAGAGACACAAGAACAUCGGCUGUCAGUGCAUAGCGCUGGAGGCUGCAGGGUGGCAGUGUGUUGUGGGGAGUUCCUGAGAUCGCAGAAGAGACAGAGGGGGACUGGCACUCACUCACGUAGAGUCACACACACAUCCUCUCUGCGUAGUGGCGAGCUGUGUUGCCAGCUAGUGUCUCAGGGAUUGUGCGUGCUGUGUUACAGAACAGUAGGAUGGUGGCUGUGUGGUUGCCGUGGGGAUGGGCCUGGAGGACUGUACUGCUGGUGACUGGACUGGCUUCACUGAGACCCGGGACUGAUGCCAAUGUGUUGGAUACCAUAGUGCUACUGAGGAACCCUGUAAGAGACAGGUCAGACAGCAGGAAGGAGGAGGGUGGGAGUACAGCCCUGGCUCCAGCACAGAGGAUCCUCUGGUGUCAUUGUUACCCUCACUGUUCUGAAGACUCCAACAAUACCUGCAGGACUGAUGGUUGUUGCUUCACCAUGGUGGAGGAAGAAGAGGGAAGUCUCCCUGUGCUGACCUCUGGAUGUCUGGGGCUGGUAGGCUUAGAGUUCCAGUGCAGGGUAAGUAUGCUGACAACGGGGGGUCCCCAUCGGAGGAGGGCUGUGGAGUGCUGUACAGACCAGGACUACUGCAAUACAGACCUGCAUCCUACUUUACCCCCACUGACAACCCCUGAUUACGUGGACAGCAGUUUCCACCCCAUUGCUCUCUUCAUCUCUGUCACAGUGUGCUGCAUCGUCUUGGUACUCAUCAUCGUCUUCUGUUACUUCAGGUAUAAGCGUCAGGAGUCGAGACCUCACUACAGUAUUGGUCUGGAGCAGGAUGAGACUUAUAUCCCUCCUGGAGAAUGUCUGAAGGACCUGAUAGAACAGUCCCAGAGCUCUGGAUCGGGAUCAGGACUCCCCCUGCUGGUGCAGCGCACCAUAGCCAAGCAGAUUCAGAUGGUGAAGCAGAUAGGUAAGGGCCGCUACGGGGAGGUGUGGAUGGGUCGCUGGAGAGGAGAGAGAGUAGCUGUCAAAGUGUUCUUCACCACCGAGGAGGCCAGCUGGUUCAGAGAGACAGAGAUCUACCAAACUGUCCUCAUGAGACACGAGAACAUACUGGGCUUCAUAGCAGCGGACAUAAAGGGAACAGGCUCGUGGACCCAGCUCUACCUGAUCACAGACUACCAUGAGAGUGGAUCUCUGUACGACUACCUCAAGUCCACCACCCUGGACAUCAAGGCCAUGCUGCGGCUGGCCUACUCCUCAGUGUCAGGCCUCUGUCACCUCCACACAGAGAUCUUUGGCACCCAGGGCAAGCCAGCCAUCGCCCACAGAGACCUGAAGAGCAAGAACAUCCUGGUGAAGAAGAAUGGGGCCUGCUGCAUCGCUGACCUGGGCCUGGCCGUCAAAUUCAUCAGUGACACCAACGAGGUGGACAUCCCUCCCAACACCAGGGUGGGCACUAAGCGCUACAUGCCCCCAGAGGUCCUGGACGAGAGUCUGAACCGGAACCACUUCCAGUCCUACAUCAUGGCCGACAUGUACAGCUUUGGCCUCAUCCUCUGGGAGAUCGCCCGGCGCUGCGUCUCUGGAGGCAUCGUAGAGGAGUACCAGCUGCCCUACCAUGACCUGGUGUCCUCUGACCCCUCCUACGAGGACAUGAGGGAGGUUGUGUGCAUCAAGAGACAGAGGCCCUCAUUCGCCAACCGCUGGAACAGUGAUGAGUGUCUCAGACAGAUGGGGAAGCUGAUGACGGAGUGCUGGGCCCACAACCCAGCCUCUCGCCUCACAGCUCUGAGAGUGAAGAAGACCCUGGCCAAGAUGUCUGAGACUCAGGAUAUCAAACUGUGACACGCUGCUACUGACUCAACACCUAGAGACAUGUCCAUGGCCUAGUGCCACUCUGCCAGGACCACGGGAGGAGGGCAAGGCGAGUGGGAGAGAGAUGGUCAGGGUCUGCUCUCUUUUUGCCCAUGCCACUGCCACCUCUGGGAUAGAGAGUGUCCCAGUGGGCAGGGUCUGGUCUGGUGUUGCUUUCUAUGAAAGCUGAUUGGCUCUCUAAAUGAAGGGGGAACACAAGGACAGACAGUGCCCUAUGCAGGAGAGGAGGAGUCACUCUCUCCCUCACAGUAGAGGGUUAGGAGGGUGGGUGUCCUGCUCUGUCCAUCUAAAGCCAUAUAACAGUGUUUGUUUUUGUGGUAACACUUUAUUUGAACUAGCCACCAUCAAUCCCCUUCAAACCAAUGUCAGAAUGUUCAUGAAACUUUGACAUGUUUACAACAUUUAUGUAGGGUUAUGAGGCUAGUUCAAAUAAAGUGUUGCCGUUGUUGCCCAUUGUGCUAUUUAUUCGUCUUUUUUUUUUUUUUUACAACUGUAGAGAAAUCUCUACAUACUGUUGGACAUGAAGUAUAUAUCUCUUGCAGCAUUACUGCUUUAGAAACCCAGGAAUUGGUUUCUUCUAUUCACACAGGAAAACACACAGCUUCAAUAUUGACCUACAUGUGGGCCAUUUGACUAUCCAAGGGAGCCAUUCUUAGUCCCCUGAAAUGUCUAUGUACUGUUUCAACAACUAACUAUAGGAGAAAAUGAUACAUCAUGGUUAAUACGCUUGGGAGUGAUGUUACUCAGGCUAGCUGAUGGUUAAUACACUUGGGAGUGAUGUUACUCAGGCUAGCUGAUGGUUAAUAUGCUUGGGAGUGAUGUUACUCAGGCUAGCUGAUGGUUAAUACGCUUGGGAGUGAUGUUACUCAGGCUAGCUGAUGGUUAAUACGCUUGGGAGUGAUGUUACUCAGGCUAGCUGAUGGUUAAUACGCUUGGCAGUGAUGUUACUCAGGCUAGCUGAUGGUUAAUACGCUUGGGAGUGAUGUUACUCAGGCUAGCUGAUGGUUAAUACACUUGGGAGUGAUGUUACUCAGGCUAGCUGAUUGUUAAUAUGCUUGGGAGUGAUGUUACUCAGGCUAGCUGAUGGUUAAUAUGCUUGGGAGUGAUGUUACUCAGGCUAGCUGAUGGUUAAUACGCUUGGGAGUGAUGUUACUCAGGCUAGCUGAUGGUUAAUACGCUUGGGAGUGAUGUUACUCAGGCUAGCUGAUGGUUAAUAUGCUUGGGAGUGAUGUUACUCAGGCUAGCUGAUGGUUAAUACGCUUGGGAGUGAUGUUACUCAGGCUAGCUGAUGGUUAAUACGCUUGGGAGUGAUGUUACUCAGGCUAGCUGAUGGUUAAUAUGCUUGGGAGUGAUGUUACUCAGGCUAGCUGAUGGUUAAUACGCUUGGGAGUGAUGUUACUCAGGCUAGCUGAUGGUUAAUAUGCUUGGGAGUGAUGUUACUCAGGCUAGCUGAGUCAUGCCAAUAAGAUGGUCUCCCCCAUGCUUGUCUUGUUACUGUAAUAUGAAGAAAAAAACUCCCCUCACGGUAUUGAAUUGUUAAUAAUAAUAUUGAAAUGUAUUGAUACUGAUGGACUUAAUCAUGUUAAAUAUCAGUUUUGGUUGUUUGCCUUUGGCUUGUCUACAGAAUAACUCACUGACCGUCCACUCCACCACUAUGGCGUGUGCCUUAUUUAAUCUGUACAUAUGUGUAUAAGAGAGUGUGUGGACCAGGAGAACAUUCCCUAAUAAAAUGAUGUCAACGUC